CCUCCUAACGGUAACCCCCAAGUCGGGAAUCUCUCCCUUAUUUACGUCGGCUACCUUAACUUGAAUCUCUUAACGCACCCAUAUGAAGCAGUUCAAUAAUUCUGUUGCCCUAUAGUCAUGGCGGACCCUCUUUCCGUGGCCGGCUUGGCCAUGGGAGUGGUAUCGCUGGGUAUUCAAGUAUCCCAGGGCAUCACAACGUACAUCGACGCCCUCAACUGCCGCGACCAGGACCUUCUGUCGGUCAGAGAGCGAAACAAUUCCCUGCGACAGACGCUCCAGGUUGUCGAAAGAUCACGCUCCCAACUCGAGGAUGACCACCAAGUUGCGACAGCGGCGAUACGCGAAUGCCUGGAUUCGUGCAACAAAGAAUUGGGGGUGCUCGAGGAUCUAGUGAUUUAUCUCACCGCUUGCGACCAAUCUAACACCGCGAGCUUGAUUGGCAAGGUUAGGAACAAAAGCAAGAAGCUACUCUAUCCAUUUAGUCGCCCAAAGCUCGAACAGUUAGAAACGAGGCUCCGCAACGCAAAUGCAGCUCUUCAACUAGCGUUGCAAAUACUGGGCUUAUCGGUAUCACACCUAGGCACCGAGAAAUUGGUCACGCUUGAGGCUACUUCCUACGGCCUCUCUACCAGUUUUCACAAGACCCAGUCCGAAAUCUCGGCCAUGAGUCUUCCGCUCAAGGGUAUACAGAGCUCUGUGUCGGGGUUUGAGGCUCGCUUCGGCAACAUGGAAAGUCUCCUUCAGCAGCUGUUAGCUCAACAGUUGGCCAUCAACGGAAGUCCACAGGAGAUCACCCCCAAAGUUGCCACCGGCCGUCUGCUCGCAAAGCCGAGGGUCUUGAAGGAUAUCUGCGACGCCGCAGGAGCCCAGACGAGCCCUACAUCAGGUGGGAUGGUACAAGCCAUAGAUCACCGUGCGACACAUUCGGGCGACGCCAUCUCCACGUACUAUACAGGAGGGAGUCUCUCUUGCUUGUGCCGCCAUCGCCGACGUGUCCGAACCCAGAACGUUGUCUUGGGUUCUCUGAUGUUUUCUUCCGAGGCGGCGACCGAGCAGCAUCUGCCCGGAUGCCCAGCCGCUCGAGUAUUGAUAGGCACAGAUCGAAGCCAAAAGGUCGGCGUGACGUACACUGGGCUCCGACGUCUGCUCAACUCGGCCGUCCAACUUUCGUUCGAAAUGACGUGGGGGGCAGGAGCUUGGAGUCUCAGCCCCAGCUUUACUUACUAUCCUAGUGUCGACGCGGAAACGGCACCAGCCUUCAAAGUACUGCGCCUGUUAUCGGUGUCUCGGGUGAACAGCGGGUUGCACGAUUCGGCACUGUGGGAAGAGUUGGCGGUAUCGGCGGUGUCUGUGAUGUUGAGAUUGUUUCGAGCCAACAAGGCGUCGCCCCGGGCUGUGGAUGCCGACAAUAGAUCCCUCGUUUGCCAUUUGGCUGACUGUAUGACGAUGGCCUCGGAUCGAUCGAGUCCACAGUUCCCGAGUCAGGGCAAGCCCAGUGCUUUGCUUGAGCUUCUCAGAUGUUUGCUCGACAACAAAGCCCCAGCAAAUCAAUAUGACUUAUUCGGCAACGCACCGCUGAGCAGACUGUUUCUGUCAACCGGAUAUAGUCGUCUCACUGAUCCAUGGAUUGCUGAUGCCGCGAACCUCAUUCUGCGAUCGAAUGCCGAGGACAAUCUGGCAUGUUUGUCGAACCCACAUCCUGCAGCAUAUGUGAUGAUCGUCAACCGAUUAGGGCGGCGAGUUGGUGCGCGAGACAUCGCGGCCAUCCUUUACUUUCUCGCUUUUUCCACUGAAAUUGCCAAAGCCUAUGGCUGUGGUCCACUGAGCUUAGCAAUUCUAUCCAACAAUCCGAAGCAGGUCGAACAACUCUUGCAGGACCACCCUGCCACUCUCGCCGAGCGGAACCUUUUUGGGCACACGCCACUGCACCUCGCGGCAGAUAAGCCGUCAUGCUUGCAACUUCUUGUCAAAGUCGCGGACGCUGAGCUCCUCAACCAAGAACAUGUACCCGGUAAAUUCGGAAUGACUGCGUUGGAAACUGCCCUCUGUCUCAGCGGGUCGCAUUGUCGAGAAGGCCUAUCUGGGCGAAUGUGCCAACAGUGCAGUUGCGACGACUGCGUGGUCGUCAUUCUAGAAGCCGAUUGCGCGGUCCCCGUAUCGUCGGUUUUGCAGUCCGUGUUGGGCUGGGCCUCUGAACGAUGUAAAAUGCAAUACAUACGCGGUAUGAGAGACCGGAGAUGUCGGCUGAAGCAGCUCGCCCUAGACAACCUUUCGGCGACGGAAAUAAAGCGGCUGGGCUUGCUCUGUCCAGACCUUCUCGACUCAGCCGCAUCCCGAGUCACCCAAAGCUUGGAAGACGGUGGCAUUCGCAUCCCCGAGGCCCUUACGCCCUCAAAAGACGGACCGCGAUCUCUCUACCAAUCCCUCUGCUCGCCCGAGGAUGCCGACUUAUUCUUCGACCUCGGCUUCCACGACACGGCUUCGUGGUGCAACGCUAACGCGGGUGAACUUGAAGAUAUUCCCAGUCUUAUCCAGGACCUACCGUAUAUGUAUUGGCUGGCGGCACAUGGGGCCGGUUUCCGUCAGCUUGGAUCCUUUCCAACACCGAGAGAUACAUUUGUGGGCAACUAUAUAUUCCGGAGAAUCGGCGAGGAUCUCAACUUCUGGCCAGGGUCCUUUAUUUUUAACAGGAUCCGAUGUGGGAUGCCCUUCAAAGGUCCCGCACCCCCCGAUAAUGACCGAUUCCCUCCCGUCGACAACUGUAUCGCUUGGGUUCACGAAGUCAAUGCUGCAGUACUACCAGCUGAAAUUGCCGACAGCUGCCGUUGCAAAUGCUCCCCCGGGGGCUGCACCCCGUUGACAUCCUUGUUAAAGGGGGUGCCGGGUUUGAUAGGUUACACCUUUGGGCACAAACGAAGACGCCCUUCAGAACCUGGAGUUUCAGAAAACACGGACUCCAUGGAGGGAGACAGUGCUACUGAGGACACAAACUCCAUAGAGGGCAGUGUGGCGGGCGACACAGAAUCCUCGGACUCGUUAUCGUGGAUGAGGGGCUCUCUGUCAGCCGUGGCCACGUAUUUUACCGAAUAUCUCGAGCAUUUUGGAGGCGAUCUUGACGUCAACCAUCACACCGCAGCUCUGCGAUAUAUAACAUUUUCUGCACUCGACAUUCCCCAUUAUUGCUGCGGCCCUAACCGUGAGGUUUGGGGGUAUGACUGGCGGACCCCGGCAGAAGUUGAAGAAGAACACGCUUAUGAGCUAAGGUUGCUGGAUGAGUUACUCAGCGAGUUUGAAAAACAGAUCAUGGCAAUUCUUCAGGGUCCAAUUGGGGGGGUUGACGGUGUUAUCCGUUUCUGGAAACGGACUUGGGUGAAUCGAAUGAGGGAGGUUCUGGCUGGUCUCGCACGCGAUGAUUUGGCAAGUGACGCGAAACGAGCGGCUGAAGAUAUUGGCGUGGUCUGGGACAAGCCCAAACCCCCCAAACCGAGGGACAACCCCUAUCGCAAAGAUACCCUGGAGCAUUGGAUGCAUGAGCUGGAGAAGAUUGAAGCAGAGUGCUAAUGCGACUCAAAGCUGGAGAUGGGAGAUGGGAUACUGGAAAGACUUGGAUCAUGGAUUUCAUACCGUGGCUCUGGACCGAACUGCUCGAAUAAACUCAGGCUUCUUCUUCAGUGUCUAUUUAGCUGGUAUCUCAAACGAAGGUAUCUAACAGUUUUGAAAACAAACCCAAUUCCCACCCAUGACCUGUCUAAAAUGCACCGGCCAAUCUAUGUCUCCCCCAACAA